GAUCUAACACUAAAACAGAUAAUUCAUAUUGCGUACUCUUGUCUAAAUUUCAUCUAUGUUCAUUGGUGAUCUUCUUAUUUCUUCAUCUCUAGUAUGAUUUAUCAGAUUUGACAGUAGUAGAUUCAAUAUCAUGUGUGUGGCUACUAUCGUAUGAAAAAAGUUUUUGAUUAAAAUAAAUAAUAAUUUAUCAUUAACGUAUAUUUUUUCUUUUUAUACAACAAAUAUAUAUGCUACAUACAAUAUUUCAGGAUAUAAUGAUGGAAUUAUCAAAAGACACCAUUGAUGGUCUUGCUAAUAUCCUAAACACAAAUAUUAUUACUGACGAUAACUUCUUACAAAUUCUAGGAAUGGCUACUUCAUAUAUAUAUGAAAAUCCUACAGAAAUAAAAUGCACUAUCAAAACAUCUGAUGCAAAACCAAUUUUAACAAAAAAGGUUUUUGCUGAUGUGGUAUGUUUACUUAUAGAGGCUACCCGACAUGAUUUAGAUGAAGAAAGCUUAAGAAGUUUUUUAAAUCUUGUAUAUAUUGGUGAAAAAAGAAUUACGAAAUUAUGUGAAGUAUACAUUAAUAAUAAAAAGGCAAUACAGUCUCAGUUGGAAUUGAUAGGCAAUAAUCCACCUCACAUUAUUGAUAUAGACUGGCAUUUAGAUUACUGUGUCAAGUUGGACACGUGCAAUUCACUAGGUGUUCCUCUUUAUCAUGUGCGACUUAGUACUAAAAAACAUGAAACAAUAGAUCAUGUAACAUUUUCAUGUACAAUACAACAGUUGCAAGAACUGGUAUUUAAGCUCAAAGAUGCCAUCAGAUACUCAGAGAAGCUUACUAAUGUUUAGCUGUGUCUUUAAGUUAUUGAUUUGCUGCAUAUAGUAUGAUCCAUGUAUAUUUUCAAAUUUCCUUGGAAUUAUUUUUGUUUUAGCUAUUUCUAUUACAAUAUGUGAGUUUCUAUAAAUUAUAAUUAUCAGCAACUUAUAACAUUUAUGUAUAUUAACAUUUACACAACAAUUAUUAUAGUAAUCGUUUAAUAAUAAAAUCAAUAUUUGUACGUAUAA